AUGGUUUAUCGAGCGUCUGCUCUCCGAGGCUUAGCCAUCACUCAGCUUGUAUUUGGUUCUUUAAUGAUAGUAUUUGGUAUUGCAAGCAUUAUCGCUGUACAUCACUGGUCUUCCUACGCUGGUUUUGGAAUAUGGGUCGGCAUUUGGGUAAGGAAUCGAAACUAUAUAGUUUAAGUUGAAGGAACUUGAUGCGCAAUUUUUGUUGCUCAAACGGAAGUAAGAUUGAAGAGAUUUUUCGUUCACUUCGGGCGGUUUGGUGUAUUUCACAGAAAACUGAGGAUGGGAUACAAAGUGGAUGUCUGUUUACAAGUUAAUAUUGGUUUUUAUUAUCUGAACUAAGUUGUUGGUUGGACAUUGUAACUUAAAACUCUGCUUAAAAUACGCGCGUUAGAUAUCAGUUAGAGGUGAUUUGUUAAUACUGAAUUUUGUUUUCACACUUGUAAUGUAGUGCGAUUUCUUUAAAUGUAAAAUCUACGAGCAGCCUCCUCGGUGAAAGUUAAUUUUGAGCGUCGCAGCUGUAAAUUUUCGUCAUUGGACGCAGCGUUAUCCGCGGAGGGGCUACUUGGGUUAAUUUUUGCUUGGUAUGUGCUGCUGGCCUCUUAGAGCCCCUACCCCAUUAUAGGCUAUUCUGUGGCCAAUUAUAGAUCCCCAAAUAUGUAAUUUUCGCAAUCCACCUUAUAUUGAAUGAAGAACACAAUACUUUUCAACUACAGUACAAACAUUCUGGUAUGUUAGCAUACCGUAAAUAUGAAGAACUGUCUAACCCCAAAAAUCAGAAAGUGUGGGACCCCAUUCUAGUAACUCUAUUGAAAAUGUGGCUCCAUUAUAGUCAACCCAGUUGUGAAAAUGCGACCCUAUCCAGCGGCACAUCCCAUUAGCCUCUUAUAAGGAAGUACCUCCUCUGGGAGCAAACAUGGCAACUCUGCACAUGUACAAGCACUUUUGCUUUCAUUCUCUGCAUCUUCCAGGCUGGCUUCUUUUUACACAUUUUGAAAAUCUUCCUCUGCAGUCCUGUAGUCGUCCAAAUCUACAUAAAAAGUGCAAAAAUCAAGUCAGGCUCCAUGCGCAUCCUUUGUAAAUCCUUUAAGUAAAAUUAAGGGAUCAUUUCUCAGCUCCAGAACUGCACAUAUGAGACUGUAAGAGCAGCCAUUCUACUUACCUGGUAUUACAAUAUUAAUCGACAAUAGGAUUUUAGGAUCAGUUGUUAUGUUUUACCUGAUUUAUAGAUUCAUUGUUUACAGGACAAUAGGUCUGUAGUAUACAGUUGACUCCCAAUAACUUGACCCUCGCUACAAAUGUAACUUAAACCUGGCGCAACCUCGAACGAAAAUUGAUUUCCUGUGGAUUUCUUUCAUUUUUAUUUCAUUUACUGUAAGUUUACCCUCAGUAACUCAAACACCCCCGCUAACUCGAAGUAAUUCAAAAACAAAACAGUGUACGGCAGUCCAAAACAUUGAAUUUCUUUGUCAGUUGAGGCUCAUGCUGAUUCUCCAUCGAAUGUGAAACAGCUUUACUUCUCAAAACAGUGCUUGAAAAAAACCACACUCUUCUUAAGGCCCUGUUUUGUUACUUUAUGUUCUGGUUAAUAAUCUGGAAGAAUCGUUCUAUUUUCACUUGACAUUUGUAGAAUUUAAUGUGGUUUUACAUUUAAUGUUGACUGUACAGUAAAAGUGUUUUACCCUUAUUUUUGGUUGUUUGCUCCAAUCUCUCGAUAACUUGAACUCUUGAUUACUUGAACCUUUAGUAGAAUUAUCCACUGUACUUGGUCACUGCGGGACCAUGGGAGUAGUUGAUUGAUAACACUUCGAGGUGGCCAUAGCAACACAUCAAUCACUCAGAUCGGAUCAGACUGGCAAUUUACCUUAAACUUCUGCCAAAAAUGGUCACGUUUCUAAUGAUUGAAAGUGAUAAUUUGCUUGUUGGUUGUUGUUCGACUGUCAGGGUCUCAGGUAAAGCAGGUAGUUUUGUUUUCAUGUUUGCAGUAGAUCGAGGACCGUGAAGAAGACUCCUUGUUAAUUAAAAUAAUGUAUGUGAAAUUUGUGGAGGUCAUUUGCUUACUCACAAAAAGUCAUUGGUAUUGUACCUUUCUUAAUCAUAUUGCCACAAUUUCUUAGUUGUCUUCUCUCAAGGAAACCCAUUCAAUUUAGGUUCAGUGAAUAACAAGACCACUUCACAAGAGACUAGAGAUGGAAAGAAACACAAAAAAUCAGUGCAACAAGAUAAUUCUCUCUCAGCCAUCACAUAACCAAGCCCUUUUUGGAAUUGUUUCUUUUUUUGUGUGAAGUUAUGCAACAUAAAUUCUUUGCGAUGAUUAUAAAGCUGAAUGGUGAAUUUUAAGCCCGGUGAUAGAUGAGAAACAAUCUUUGUUAACUUGUGGCACAGACUGCUCAGAACAGGAGUUGAACUUGAAUUUCCUGGUUUGUCAUAGUGUAUCUUUUCAUUUCAUGUAAGCUUAGCCUAGGCCUUUUGAGAAAUGUGUGCUUUUUAUCUCCUGGUAGGUCCUUAUCAGUGGAAUUUUGGGUUAUGUUGGAGCAAAAGAUAAUGCAAACCCAAACAAAUGCUUGGUGAGUGUUAGAAGUACAAAAUAUUGUUGUUAUUUUAGGUGAUGGUACCCUGGGUGCCAGAGAAUUUUCAUGCGUGGUUUGUGGUUUUGGUCAGCCUCGAAAGCCUCUGGAUAGUGCUUUGAUAACACCAAGCCAAUCGUAACAGGGCUUCUGAUAUUUCGCGCGGUCGUGGAGCCACGAAAUUCAGGUAAAUCCGCUAAAUCCCGCGAAAUUCACAAAAACACGCAAAAUACCGUGAAAUUCGGUAGAAAUCUUAUCAAAUACAUUUCUGUACAGCAAUUUUGAAACUUGUCUCAGCUACUGGGGGUAUUUACUUGCCGUAAACUCACAAAUUUAUGUCAAAACUUUGUCACUGAAACGUGCAAACAACAUUCCGAAACUACCAGGCAUAGAUUAUGUUGCGAAAAAACUGGGCACUAGCCAUGAUGUUAAAGACUUUGCCAUUGGUUCAUUUCUAGAGCGUAUUGUUGUUGAAAGAGCAAAUGAUGUCGUCUGUGAGAAAAACAUUAAAAACGCUGGUCUGAUCAGUACAAAACCGAUCAAUUUCUUGUGAAACUUGCCCUGAAAAUAACAACAAAAUCUGCCGUUUUUUUACCGAUCGCUUUGUGGCCAAGUUUGCCCGAAAAUUCCCGCAGAAUCGGCCGAUUUUUCCACGAUUUUGUCCCCAAAAAUCCCGUGAAAUUUGACUUUUUUUCCACGAAUUAUCAGAAGCCCUGUUGUAAGAACGGUUUGGUCCAGAUUUUGGACAUGAUGGCUGAUUGGUUCAUUAAGCCACCUAAGGGACUUUGAAUCUAAUAAAUGCUACAAUUGGUUGUCAAGAAUAGGACACCACAUGAAAGAAUAUUUCAAACUGUGCUGUUUAUGUUAGGAUAGGAAUGGACUCUGCUCUUGCUCUGAAGAAUGUUUUGGAACAGUAGUGAUGGAAAGUACGAGGCCCAAAAAAAAAAAAAAUUGUUUGACAGAGAGAAGUGAAGCGCGAGGCAAAUAACUGACAUGUUUAAGUUUUGGGGGGCAAACCAGGAUGUUCUGGCGAUCUUUCAGGCGGGGAGUGGAAUGUCUUUGUUGUUACAGCUCUCCUGCUGAAUUUUUUUCAAUUUUACUGGACUGUGAAUGUGUGUGUGAUCAAUGAGUAUCCAUAAAAUUAAUGGCCUAUAAUGAUUUUUUUUGUGUGUCUGAUUAAUGCCCUUAUGCUGAAAUGGUAUGGUGGGGACUUUGUUGUUUAUGCUAGUAAUUUAACCUCACAAAGUUGCAAAUUAUAUUUUACAUCAAACUUUGUCAAAACGACUUGUAUUACUUUAUUUUUUGUCUGUAAUUGAAAACUUAUUUCUGGCAUUACUUCACGUGCCAAUCCAUAUGAUCACAGUGGGAGAUGGUCAAUCUUAUUUGUUCAUAUGUUCUGCAAUAAAAAAGCUCAAAGUUCAACAGGAAUGGUAAAAUAAUUAAUGGCAUUGCUCUGUACCAGAGGUUUUCUCUUGCGGCUUCACCCGAAGAUGUGUCGGCCGAAGCAUCCUACUGCAUGUGGGAAAACCUCUGGUACCCAGGGUAAUAACACCGCAUGUGACGUGCCUUACAAGUUGUUUCAUAUAGUUUUUCAUAAACUUUCUUAUCAUAAUUAAGCUACCGGGGAACUCACCGGCCAGCUAUUAGCCAAUUUUUCCACUGUGCCUGGUAACCAUCCCAGAAGUCGAGUUAACUCGGCCCAGUUUCUUCUUGUUUCUAAAGUGGCGAAUGUGGGUGUCACAUAUUGUUACCAUUCUUAUUGUUAUAAAUUAUGAUUAUUGAUAGAGGCUUUUCAUUCUGACUUAUAUCUGCAUUUUGUCAACAGAUUGGAUGUUUCAUGGGAUUCUCCAUCACUGCCUGUGUCAUUACUGGAAUCAUGUUCAUCUGCUACUGUGUUGCUCUUGGGCAAUUCUCCCAUAUCAUGCGCUGCCAGACUUAUCAGUAUAAUAGUUAUUACUAUGAUUAUCAGCGUUAUCACAACCAAAAUAUAUUCUGUUACUCAAAAUCAAAGCGCUAUGAAGCCUCAGUUGGUGCAGGUUUGGGUUCUUGCCAACUGAUUUAUUCCAUUGUGGUUUUCUUUGUUGCCCUUGCUUCUGCCAUCUAUUGCUGUAAUGCAGUGUGCUGUGGAGCUCCUGCUGUGGGUACUGUAAGUAGCAUGAUUCUCACUUGGUUUACCCUUCUUGUACUCAUUGCUGUGUUAAUUUAUAUUAAACACUUAAUUAUCCACUUCCUUUAUGAUAUUUUUCUUGGAUAAUGAAGCAAAUAAUUCAAAUGAAACAUAGCAAGUAGCCUGAGAAAACAGCUAACAUUUGGCAACACUACCACUGGUUUCCCCGCUGAAUGACGUCUGGGAAACAAGCGAAAAAAUUCCGUACUGAUGACACACCACUACCCAGAUCUGGGUAGUGCUUCUGAUUGGUUGAAUCAAAUUUCCCAUGCGGCACGACCAAUCAGAGGCACUACCCAGAUCUGUGUAGUGACGCAUCAUUAGUAUGGAAUUUCUGUGCUCGUUUCUCAGAUGUCAUUUGGUGAGGAAACCAGUGGUAGCUUGCCAAAUGUCAGCUGUUUUCUUAGGCUCCAUAGCAAGGUAAAGAACCCCAACUGAUUGGAGGGGAAUUAGUUGGCUAUUUUACGAGUGUUGCCAAGGAUCUUCACUAUCUCAUAGCUACCAAGAACAAAUCCAGGGAGCAGUCGGGAUGGGGAUUGAACUAUGGGUCUCCCAAUUACAAGGCCAAAAAGAAUUGUAAAUUGUAAUUUGCUUACCCAUGGAGCUUUUAGGAGUUCUUAAGAACUCAUUGAAACGUGUCUGUGUGCUCCAGAUUGAAUUGGAAGUUGAAAGUGUUGGUUUUUAAGGAGAGGAGAAAACCGGAGUGCCUGGACAAAAACCAGAAUUUUUAGUUGCCAAGGAGAAAUGUUAGUCGCACUGGCGACCAUAUCAGUCGCAAUUUCGAGUCCUGCCAAAUACUGCAGUGUGACCAUUCGAAAGAAACCUCCUAAGCAGUACUUUCACAUGGUACUAUUUAUUUAGCAAAAAUUGUUCUCACUUUUGAGUCCCUGGAUGAAAUCCUUUGGUCAUCAUGAAGAUUAUGCACUGCUUUCAUGUUUAAGGAGAGGAGAAAACCGGAGUGCCUGGACAAAAACCUCUUACUUAAGGGAGAGAACCAACAACAAACUCAAACUACAUAUGGCGUCAACGCCAGGUUUCAAACGUAGGCCAGAUUGGUGGGGGGCAAGUGCUCUCAACAUUGUGCCACCCUAGCUCUCCGAGCACUCUAACGGCUCAGCCUUGCAGCUUCUCUAAAAUCCCUAAAAGUAUUAUCUUACAAAUAAGUAAUUAUACUUUUGUUAUUAUAAAUUUAAUGUAGGUUACUAACCAGCAAGUGAUGUAUGUUGGACCUCAACAAGUGUACCCAGGGGGCCAAUCUGGUGUUGUGGUUAUUCAACCAAGCGGUGCCGUGGCAACUGUUUCUCAUGGUUACUCAAUGGCAGGACAGCAAACAUUUGUCAUACCUCCACAGGUAACUAAUGCUCUAUGUUAGAGGGGCUGUGUCACCACCAACAAACUGAGUGAAACACAUAAAUCACUGCUCAUAUCAAGAAAAGAAGGUAUAAGUAACACAGCAAAGAUAAUAUGGGGAACAGAUGGACAAACAUGAACAAGAUUGAAAUGGAUGGCUUGGGAUAGGAUGGGAGACAUUUGUUUGACAUUUGUUUUUGCUACUCACAUUGUGAGUAGCAAAAAUCACAGCUUUGCGACAAGUAAUUAUUACUUUUGACAGGCAAUUUAUCAAUUUCCAUGGCAAUUAAGGACACGCAAUUGGCAUACUGUAAAUCCUAAAAAGCCCCCCCUUUUUCAGGACAAGAAAGUUAAUAAGCUCCCCCCCCCCCAACACACACCCUAUUAAACCUCCCCCACCCCUAAUUUUUCUUCACUAAUAAAUGAUAGACUGUAUUAAUCAAUUACGGCUGUAAAACUUCUUGUGAACUGUCCAUCCGGGAUGGUUUAUUUACCAACUGGAAGUUUGGAAUUAAUUCUGAUCCUUGGCUGUGUGACCUCCAACGUUCUUGUACUUAGCUUUUCCACUUCGUAUUCUAGUUCUUUAUGGAGAGCUGAUAUUAUCGUCUUUUCUAAAUUAAAUAAGCCCCCCAUCUCCAUUAACCCUCCCCCCCGUCAAAUGUGCUUGAAAUAAAUAAGCCCCCAGGGGACUUAAUAGAGGAUUAAUGGUAUAUUAACAAGAUUAACUAGACAACCAUUACACAGAGUCUUUAAGCCCUAAGAGUGAUCAGCAUCAAAUUUCUCCUUGUAAUAUCAAUGCUUUGUAAAACAGAGUGGUCAUGAGAAUUACGGACAUGAUCACACAAUCUAUGAAUUUGCUUGAUAUUUUAUGAACUUCUCCUCACCACUUUUGUAGGAAAUGAAUAGGGGCAACAAAUGAGAAUUCAUAUUUUGAUCUAAGAGUUUAAAAGGGGUAACAGCUUAAUGAGGGUGGGUUCUUGUUGGAUAUAACUGGGGCUGCUACCUAUACACCAGUAUGUACUUGCGUACCCAAAAAUAUCAAAGAUGAAUGAAAAGCAAAAUAGAAAAAACAAAGCAAAGGAACAGAGGGUAAACAAGGAAUACCUGGAAAACGGUGCAGUUGCCUAGGUAACUCUAGCCUGCGAAGCGCAGACGUAUUUCUGGUCGUCGCUUCAGGCUAAGGUAACUCUGAUUUAAUGCCCUUUAGAUACUUUUUUUAAAAAUCAAAUGCAGACCAGCUGGGUAGAGGUGCUAUCUGUUAAGAGCCAGGUUUGAACUAAAAAUUUAGGCUGCAUUGUUUUGUUUUCAAUAUUAGAGACCUUUAGAUUCAGGACGAGGACGACUACGAGUGCGAGAGUUGACUUCAAGUUUUUUCGCGUAUUCUCAAAAUAUAGACAUCCCGGAAAGCUUUAUUUUACCAUUUUUCACUAGAAAAGUUAGCACUGUUACCUUUAGUGAAGGAGGUUGCACCCUCUCCUGAUGGCAAAAUGAUAAAACUUCUAACAUUUGAUAACUUGUUUCCGCUACUUCGACAUUCUCGCUAAAACUCAUAGUAGAAUGACGACGGCUAGCACGUUUUCCCGCCAAAAUGACGCUGGUUCACGCGAGUGCAGUACUUAGUGAUGAGAAAAUCUCGUACUCGUAGUCGUACUCGUCUUAGAAUCUAAAGCUCUCUAUUAUCUUGGUUAUCAAAGAAUAUAUUAUUAUUUUCUGGCCCCAGUUACUCAAAAGAUGGAUGAUGUUAUCCAUUUGAUAUCUAUCCAGUAGAAAAAGCUACUAAUUUCCUUAACCCUUUUUAAAAAACCCUAAGAUCAAAAUUUUAAUUCUCAUUUGUUGCCCCUAUUCAUUUCCUACCGAAGUAGUGGAGAGAAGUUGAUAAGAUAUCUAGGAAAUUCAUCUUGUGUGAUCAUGUCUGUAAUUCUCAUAACCACUCUGUUUUACAAAGCAUUGAUAUCACAAGGAGAAAUUUGAUGCUGAUCACUCUCAGGGCUUAAAGGGUUAAUACUUGUCCACUGGAUAGUGAUUUAUCCAGUGUAUAGCAUGAUCCUUCGUUUGAACAAGUAGGGACCUGAUGUUGUUAAAGGGAACCUCCACUUCAACAAAAAGAUAACCUUAAAUCACAGGAAAUAACUGUUACAGUCAAGUCAAUCUAAACUAUUUUUAAAGAAAGCGUUUGUAUCCGAAAGAAAUAACUUUUAGAUUCGCCUAUUUUUGUUUUCAAAUUUUGCGGGCGUCACCAUCUUGAAUAAUUGUGACGUGUAAUGGUUGCCCUAUAGUUAUUAAACAAAAGCUCUUUGUGUCAGAACAAUAGAGCAACCGUAACACAUCACAAUUAUUCAAGAUGGCGGCGCCCGCGAAAUUUGAAAGUGAAAGUAAGCAAUUUUAACAUUCACUUUUCCUGAUAUAAACACUUUUUUUAAGACAAAUUUCGAAAAAAUUUGUUUAUCAACGUAAUUUUAUUCGAUUUAAACUUAUUCUGUAGUAAGAGUGGAGGUUCCCUUUAAGAGAUUAAUCAAGGUCCUUAGUUGUUUUUAUCUUAUCUCAUAGCCUAUUGUUCAGCAGCCUGCAGGUUAUUGGGCUGUGCCAGCCGGGUCCAUGCCAGGUGGAGCCGUUCCAGCAGGAGCCAACCCCUAUCCCAGUACAGCCCCUAUGUCCUAUGCUGGGGCAACUGCUCCAAGCCAGGGAGGAGCUCAGGUAACGCACUAGUUAUUUUUAUCCGUCAUCAAUUUCUCCUAACAAUGUCAAUACAUGAUCAAGAGAGAAAGAUAUGAGAAUUAAUGAUUACUUUGGCAAAAUGCUUUGAUCUUUUAUCAAAAGUCUCUCAACUAAUAAUUAUUUAAGAAAAUUUGUAUGUUGAUAUUGGGUUUCAUAGGAAACGUUUUGUGCAUGAUCUUAACUCCUACCACCUGAUUCUAACUCAGUUUCGCGAUUUUUACAUUUCAGAAAAAUAAUUAUUGCUCAAAAUAUCACGUAGAAAAAACAAGGGAGCAUUGAAAUAAAAUUUGCAAAAUUUGACUCCAUAUAAGAGCUGUAUAUGUAUGUAAGAAAACAAUGCGCAAAAUGCUGAGAAGUUUUAUUGUAAGUAAAUGUUUUGUAAUUCAGGUCCCCAUCUUGGAUCUUACUAGGUGAAUCCUGUUUCUUUUACUGUUUGCAUUUAAAAGUAUAGAUACAUUGUACAUCACAUUCCUGGUUCUUGUUGCACUGUCCACAGAUUUAUAAGCAUUCUUGCCAGCCGUGAGUGACUUGGUUUGAUGUGGAUGUAAUUUACCUUGUCUAACUUAUCAUUGUCAUGUUUGAAGGUAUUCUGAUCUGAUGUAUAACUCCAUUUUUAAUAGCAAGCAAUGAAGAGUGAAGAGAGACCUCCUCCAUAUUCAUACGGUGCACAAACAGGAAAUGCCCCACCAUCAAUGACAUCUGAAGGCGGAGUCACUGAUGUGCCUGGAGUUAUGACAGUUUAAACAAAACUGUUGCAGUGAAAUUGAUGGGACUUGCUUUAGUUACUUGUAUGUGUAAUAGAGUGACAGUUGCUUCAGCUGGUCGGUUAAUAAGUUAUUUUUAUUUGCACAUAAUUAUUAACCCGGCUUCAUCUCUCCCUCAGAGUGAAUUAUGGAGUCUUGGAAGGUGCUUUGUCUUCCGAAUCCUCAAACUAAACAGGGCUCGAAAUUUAAAAAAAAUCCUUUGGUCGGCCGUAGGUGACCAACUGGAAAAAUACAGUCGCCAGAGGCAAAUUUUUAGUCGCCAGUUUGUAUAAUGUAAAUGCCGCAGCUCAUAGUACGGCGUGAUCCAUCAGAUUUGAUUGUUUGAAAAUUUCGCGGAGAGAAGUCGGUAUAAAUUUGGAGGUAAACUGGCUUUGUUUAUGCGAUUUGGCACAUUUUUUUAUGACGAAAGCAGAACAAGAUGAGACAAAUGUUUUUUUUUAACUUUACUCGUUUAAUUUAAAUCUAAAUAAUAGAGAAAUCUGGUCGCCAAAGUGGCGACUAAGUAAACCAGAAUUUUUAGUCGCCAAGGAGAAAACGUUAGUCGCACUGGCGACCGUAUCAGUCGCAAUUUCGAGCCCUGCCAAAUACCGCAGUGUGACCAUUCGACAGAAACCUCCUAAGCAGUACUUUCACAUGGUACUAUAUAUUUAGUAAAAAUUGUUCUAACUUUUGAGUCUGUGGAUGAAAUCCUUUGGUCAUCAUAAAGAUUAUUUACUACUUUCGCGUGGCGAUCCAAAUGACGGCCGUGUGGGAGACUACGACCUAGACACUUGGUCCGUGUGUCCUGUGUCCUAUGAAAAAAUUAUUCGUGGCAAAAAUUUGCCUUAUUUUUCCUCGACAGGAACUUCCGUCCAGCUAUACAUUUUGCGGCCCUGAGGUGACCUUGUGUCUGUUGCGAUUUUCCAAAUGGAGAGGUUUCUGGCAAACUGUAAAAGUUUUUUGUCAGUCAAGAGUGUUAUUUAUUAGCCUGCGAAAACAGCGGUUUUUCCUCGCUCUUCGCCGCUGAGGACGUUUCGCGAGGAGCGAAACGUCCUUAAGCGGGCGAAGAGCGAGGAGAAACCGCUGUUUUCGCAGGCUAGUUAUUUACAUGCUCAACGAUAAUUUACAAAAUGAGCUUGAAAGGCUGGCAUUUCCUUUUUGUCGAUGUCAGUAGUACCAGGAAGAGCAGUUUAAUUUAGAUACGUUACGUCGCCAGGAUCUCAAAACUUUGUGUUCGGUAUGUUCAUGAUGUGCAGUUGUAUAAUACAUUGUAAAUGUGGGUCACACUGUAACAUUUUCGUUCAAAAAUAUCGGGCCUUCAAUUUACAUUACAAAUUUCCAGGUAACAAUUCUCUUUUUACUUUUGUCAUUGGCGUAGAAAUUUUAAAAGCCAGUAUUUAUUCUUACGCUUUUUGUUUGCAUAGUUUGAAGAGUUUUAGUAUAAGUGGUAUUGUUGUAACGCUUCAUUUUUAAAUUGAUGCAUACCAUAAUAUCUAGCCUGAUAAAACGGCCGGAUGCAAAAAUGACGAUUUCCCCGUCAGCUGGUGUCGUGAAAUGUCGGCCGUUUUGUUGGGCUUAUAAUAUAUUAACUCCGUCGUAACUAGACAGUUGCGUUUUCUGUGACACAUGGACGAAUCUGGUGGCGUUUUUUAAACCAAAUUUAUUUGUAAAAUAGCUACACACAAUUCACGUACGUUCGCGUUGUAGCGAAUAGAGCGUGUACCGAAAUAAGCGGGCAUUUUGUACACACGUAUGAACAAAAUGGAUUUCAUUUUAUGGCCCACACAGUGUUAUUACUUUGUUGCAGGGCGGGUCCCAAUACCUAUUUAUUUUAUAUAGCGUUAACUAUUUAAAUAGUGUGUCAUAGAAAAGAAAGAACAACUAAGAGAGGCUAAGAGGUGAAUUCAUUCUACGGGGACUUCACCAGCAAACACUGCUUGGCUCUGAGUUAACACAUCAUGGAGUUUUGUUUUCUUUGAGUGUAAUUAAGUAAAAAUCAAAAUCACAAGUUGUUUGUCUCAUGCUUUUCCAGUUUAUUUGCAAGAAGUGCCCAGAAAUCUACCAAGAAGCUCUUUUUUCGUAACUGCAGUAACUACAGAAUAACGUGGGAUGGGACCAGGAUCUACCCUGGGUGCCAGGGUUUUUUAUGCGCGGUUUCUGGACGUGUCGGCCUGCGGCCGACAAAGCGAGGCUCCCCAUCCACGCGAGAAAAAAACCUCUGACACCCAGGGUAACCAGGAUCCUGUGUUGGGAAAAAGACGAAUAAAUGGGGCGAAAAAAAUUCGGCGAGUCAACCGAACUUAACGAGGGCCGUUGGCCUUUCGUUGUUAUUCGCCCCUUUGAGCUCUGUUAGUUAUAAAGGACCUGGUCUUAGGCUAUUUCUAACAUAAACAUCAAUCCCUCUCUUCUUUCUUUUUUUCCUCUUGUAUCCGCUUUUUCUCCCACAAAAGCGUCGAUAAACUCGUACUUUUUGCCCACGUCUUACCAAAUGCUGCCAAUUCGAUAGACCGCAAAAAAGUCCGUACACCUUAUCAUGACAGCGACACUUUCGUGGAACCGUAGAGUAGUUAAAAAGACGCUGUUCAUGAUCAAUUUCGGACUGUCGUUUUGGCUGUCACGGGCUGUAGAAAUCAAUGAACCAACAACUGAGAAAAUCCGUGAAUGUGGCGCAAAAGAGACGCAGCUCAGUUUAAUUUUAGUAAUUGUAGUGUCGUGUUUAACAUAGCCUGCGUGGCCGGCGUUUUAAAAGGGAAGGGAAAGGGAGUUUUGGGAAAGGGAGUUUUAGGCGCGAGAGAAACGCGAGGGGCGCGCCCCUCGCGUUUCUCUCGCAAACUCCCUUUCCCUUCCCUUUCAAACGCCUGCCACGCAGGCUAUGUUUAACAUUUCCAAUAAACAUUUGUUAAUUUUUUUCUUUAUGAAAAGCUAAUUGAAAUGCGAGGGGAUUAUGUAUUAAUAUGCAAGGGGGAUAAGUCACUUAUCCCCCUUGCAUAUUAAUACAUAAUCCCCUCACAUUUCAAUUAGCUGCUCAUUAGCUCCGCUCUUCCCUUCAAACAAUCAAAGCCGCACCCAGCUUUUCAGACAGUUGAUUCGGGGGUUAUGCAAUAUAUUCCCACCGAAAAGAACAAAGGAAUCCGAGCUUAUGUAAAAAUAAGUGGAUUAUAAUUCAUCAGUACUCCAGAUCCCUAGGGUGCAUGGGCACUAAGAUCGACUUUUAUUACGAAAUGAACCCUAACUGAGAGUAAUCUUUGCGAGACAAUAAGCUUGUGUGAGUACCUCUAAUAAAAUGUAAUAUUCUGAAACAGACAGAGUAACGAAAGCUUUCCUUACUCUUUCUCUACUUCUUGUUUUACUCAUUUGUGUACGCAUAGCCCUAAGAGGUCCCGUAAGAAUAAGUUUAGAUGUUGGUGUUCCGUCAUACAAUUGAUAGCAAAAUCUGCAAGUUAAAACGUCUCCGAGCACCCUCAAUCUUUCAUAUAAGAGUCACCUCCCCUCCCCUUCCCUCACUUGUGAGUCCAGAUACGAUAAAGUUGUAUUUUCCUUUUCCUCCUUUCAUUUUGCGAAAUAACUAUUUUCAUUAUAGGCUGCCACUUCAUCGAAAGGGUACUUUCAAUGAGAUCUGUUUUAUUUAUUUAUAUUUUAUUUUUGAAAACAAAAAGUGAAAACGAUGAUCGAAGGAUUUUUUUGGGUUUGAAAUUCGAUUUCGGGAUUUUGGGGGAAAGGGGGUUGGAAAAUUAUGGCAAGCAUUUUCUUGGGUAGCUUGAUUUAAGUAGGGAUUUCUGUGGGUAUUCUCGGCUUGCACUGUCACGCAAUGAAAAAUAAAAACGCAAACCAUUCAAUCACAGCAGGACUAAAAUCUGGGAAAUGAAAAAAGAUAAAUAUACAAAACCCCUUGCCAAGAAUCAGGUCUGUAAAAUAUUUCAAAUGCGAGAUAUUAGGAAAAACGGUUUACCUAAAUUUAUAAAGCUUUGUAUGGAAACGCCAUGUUGGUGUCCCUCCCGGGGGGGGAACUCGCAGAAAAAUUGGGUAGGGGUGUGCGGCCCGCUUCUCAAAACCCUUACCCUAUUUAUGACCAAAAUCUGCGAUUUUCCCUACCCUAUUUAUGACCUAACAAAAUUUGCUACCCUAUUUAUGACCUGACCCUUAAAUCAAUACCCUUUUUCAGACCCGCCUUAUAAUUAUUUCCCUAGUUCAGACCAAUGUUAAAGGCAAUGUUUAUCUGCUUUUAUUAGGUUAUGGGACAUGAUAAGGAAGUAACUUUUGUUCUAAAAAAUGCAUUCAAGACUACAGUGCAAAAAUCGUUACCCUAUUUAUGACCAAAAUGGCGGCAAAAUAAUGAAAAUCGAUACCAUUCAAUUUAUGACCAAAACGGCUGAAAAAGAUAAAUAACCUUUGGGGCCAGGUCUGUAAAUACCUAUAUUGGGAAAAACCCAAAUUUAGGGAUGGAAACGCCAUGUUGGUGUCCCUUUCAGGAACACCAAUAUGGCCGCCGGAUACCAACAGAAACAUCUGUUUUCGAGUUUUCCUACUAAUGCGUGAAUUCUUCCCUUGAGGAACUCACAAAGAUUACAGUAAUAAUAUUUAUUCUGAGACAAGGAAUAUUUAGAUUGCAAAAUCUCCCAAAAUCGGUAAUGUUUUUAACCCACAUAAGAGCUUUCCAGGCCGCCAGCAAAAUGCCGCGUCACGCAAAAGCCUGGAAAUUCAAGCGUCCUCUCUCGCAAAACGAAGAACCCUUUCGAACCAAAAAUUUGUUUAUGUAAAGGUGUUUAGGUACUGCAAUACCUCGUGAAAGUAGAAACUCAGAAGAAUCGAUAGUUUCUUAGUUUAUAGUGCAGUCUUUCCUCUAGUGUACCGAGGUACCUGGCUUACUUAGGUUCUUGGCUUGCUUCAGUGUCUUGGUCUACUUGAGUGUCUUGGAUUACUUUAGUGUCUUGGCCUACUUUUGUGUCUUGGCCUACACUAUAGGAAUCAUAUAUGAAAUACCUACCGUCUUGGGCUCUAUUACCGCUGUUCGGAAAAUGAGCCAGCGCUCAGACCACAUCCCUUCUCGCUUGUACAAAGUGUGACGUAAAUAUUUAUUUAUACACUUCACUUCCUUGUUCCUUUUUGUCGAAAACAGUUGUCGCCAUUUUUCAAGCAGUCAUGGUUUAUAGAGCGUCGGCUCUCCGCGGUUUAGCCAUCACUCAGAUGGUGUUUGGUGCUUUAAUGAUCACAUUUGGUGCGGCUUGUAUUUUUUCUGUAGACCACUGGUCGUCUAGAGUCGGCUUUGGAGUAUGGGUCGGCUCUUGGGUAUGUAUUGAAGAUCGUGCGCUGCCGCUCAUCAUCGUUUUGACGUUCUGCGUAAUUAUACAUUACUGGUAUCAUUUUAGCGCCAGUCUGCUUUAAAUAACUGUAUGUAGAAUUGAAAAUGUGCUGAUAAUGUGUCAGUAAACGAAAUUCUUUUUUGUUGCACAGUCUUUGAAAAAUUGUUCAAAGCGUAGGGUUCGAAAUUAACUUUUGAAGUAGGCCACCCAUUGGACAACCAUUUUUUAGCAUCUAGGUGACCAAGGUGAAAUCUAGGAGCCCAAUAAACCUAAGGUGGACCAAAAACCAAAACUUGAAAUAGACGUUAUUAGAAAAUGCCCGUGGCUUACUAAUAAAUGGUAUAGUGCAGUAUUAAUUCAAGAGCUAAAUAAAAUGAGACUUAACCACUGAUUGUGUCACUGUGUUCAUGGAAUUCCAUUUUUUAUCCGUCCCCUUCCCCACAAAGAUGGCUGUUCGCUGCUAGUUAAGUAGGCCAUUGUUCAACUUUUUUAGCAUCUUUUCCACCAAAACCAAAACUUGCAUCUAAAAAAUGUUUUUGAAUGCAGUAUUAAUUCAAGAGCUAAAUUUUAACCACUGUUGAGGUUUACAAUAUUCCACCUCUGUUUUAGUUUUGUUGUUUGCCAAGGUGAUGACUGAUAUCACCGUCACCAGUCUUUUUUUUCUGAAACAUUUGAUUCUUUUUGUUUACUUUGAAUCUCUGUGACCAAACUGUUCCGUUUGGGUGAAUCUGCCAUGACUUGGCAUUUACAUCCAGGAAUUUUCUUGGAGCUUGGGACUAUACUGCACAGCAGUAUCGUAAAACACAAAACAAGAUGGCGGAAAAUACGAACGUUCCUGUACGUACGUAUCGUAAAUGAACGGAUUGAUAAUUAUUACACUGUACCAUGUAUCAAGCAGAAAUAUUGACUAACUUUUCAUACAUGUAUGUUCAGGUAGCGGGCAGCUUAAUUCUAGUCAUAUAGGGGGCAACCAUGUUCUGUGAUUUGGUCGUCAGUGUCAAUUUCUGGUCAUCCCUGACAACUGGACGCCCUUUAAUUUCAAACCCUGAAGCAUUUAAUCCAAACUGAUGCCCAAAAUGAAAAACCUUCCAUUGUUAGGGGGCUCUGCCAAUAAAAAAUGGAAUGUCCCAUUAUUGAUCUUUGGCAAAUCAUCAUCCAUUAUCUUUAGAAAAUAACAUUAUGCAGCAAAUAAACUUUUGAAGUGACAAUUAAACAUUUUUCCUUCUAGGUUCUCAUAAGUGGAAUUUUGGGGUAUAUUGGUGCAAAGGAUGAUGCAAAACCAAACAAAUGUUUAGUAAGUUUUGAUUUUCAUGUCUCAGCUUCUGGAAUGCAGUACUGCAUUGUACUGACAAGAUAAAUGCAUGACAAAACAGGUGUUGAUGCCGGAAUUUUCGUGAAGAGGGGAUUUAACAUGUGCAAACUUUGGAAAUAGUAAUUUGCGCUCAUCCACACUAUGAUACAUUAUUUUCUUCUGAGGAAUACUCAUUGUUACUAAAUACAUCUGAGUAGUCCUUGUGACAAGUGGCCAUCCUUAGGCAAGUGGCUGCUUAAUGGAGGUUAGCUGCUAAAUAGAGGUUUGAUAAAAAUUAGCAAAAUCUUUAGCGAAAACAUCAAGUCAUUAAGUCAUUUUAAAACAAGCACAUGAUGGGAGUGGCAUAGCUGCAAAUUACUGGUCCUCAAUAAUUGGUCAUCACCUGGGGGUACUGCCGUAUAUGGGCUAUAUAGGUAUGUGCCGCUGUGAAGGGUAUGGUUUUCAAGCAGUUUACUCUAGGAUAGGGUAUAUAAAUCAGAGAAUUUGGCUCUAGAAUAGGGUUUCAUUUUUCUGGAAACUGAUCAGUUGGUUGAAGAUUUUAUCUAGACUAGGGACUGUGGUAUAAGGUUUUGUCUUGGCUAGGCUGUGCUAGUGACCUCAGUAGUUUCUAGAAAACAGCUACUCUAGGAUAGGGGGGAUUUGGGGAGUUUACUCUAGUAUAGGGUAGCAAAAUUUAGCUGAACUAGCUCUGGUAUAGGUUAAGGGUUCAGGGUCCCAGCGGCACACCCCACCCAGAAAUUCCCAAAGUACCCCCCCGGGUCGUCACCUUCUAUCUCGGACUGUGUUUUCCUUCAUCAUACGGCUUGAAAAAAAGCCAAUAGUAAGUGUAUCAAGCGCUUGCCUUGUGUGCCGUCCUUUAAGGAAUGAAGAAGUCCUGUGGUUGAAAGGUAAACUGUUCCACCUCUCCUUUGUCAAAAACAGGGAAUUUAAAAAUUUGGGGGGUAAGCAUUCUCCUUGCCAAGUCUGAUCCUUAAACAAUUAGAUUAGCAUACAGGUAGUUCUUUGAAGAAUGCUGGGCAUUUUUAGAACUCACAGAACCCUCUUUCAGAUGCCUUAUUGCAUUAUGGUUUAAUUGGCAUUGCUUGCACUAUAAAAUUGGGUUUUAUACAUUUCUCCCAUAAAGCACCUCUGAAUCAAAAUUAACUCUUUUAUUAUCUUUUGACUUUAUGUGAAGAAGAAAAUGGGUCAUGUCCUCUUGAAAGUCUUCUUGUUGUUCUUGUUGUUCAAAUGUUCUUUUAAUGCAAAACUUUUCAGUUAAUCUUUACCAGUUAUAUUAUGGUAAUGUCCUUGUUCUUUAAAUUUCAUGAUCCAAUUGCAGUCAAAAACUCUGUUGCCUUGUAAUUUUCUUGCAGACUACCAAUACUCUCUUUUAUUUUUCAGCAUAGAAUAGCUAAACUCUGGUGUUAUAAACCACCAAAUGGGAUUCGAUCAUCAUUCUCUUUCAACUCUUUCUUCAUUAACUCCCACAUGCUUUUGUUUGUCCACAGACUGGAUGUUUCAUGGGAUUUUCCAUUGCUGGCUGUGUUAAAGUUGCAUCCAUGUUUAUUUGUUAUUGCAUUGCUCUAUCUGAAUUCUCUAACACAAUUCGCAAAUGUAGAGAUGACUACUACUAUGACCGCUACAAUUACUACCCAACAUCCAGCUAUUAUCGAUGGUAUGAUUCUGAUUGCACAAAUUUGAAGCGUAAUACAGCUAAAAUUGGUGCAGGACUGGGUUCUUGUCAAUUGAUUUUUUCCCUUGUGGUUUUCUUUGUCGCCCUUGCAUCGUCUAUCUACUGCUGCAUGGCUGUUUGCUGUGAAUCAUCUGCUGGUCAUGUAGUAAGUACAUAUACUGUACCUGUACAUAUAAGAUAAUUUACACUUGACAUUACUUCUUAUAAAGGGGGAAUGGGGAGUGGGGGGAGAGGGGAAGAGGUCUGAGUUGUUCAAACCUGGGUUAGUGUGAAAUUUGAAUGCAGCUCUAUAUGAAGGCUUAAAAGUGAAUUCAGUUUAAUUCUUUUUGUGAACAAGUUAAUGAUUGGAUGCUCUUAAAAAUAACAUUAUUUCCUUCCUUCCAAUGUUCAACAACUACGCCUAUUAAAAUAAAAAAUAAAUAUUUGUUUACUUUACAGACCAUUACAUAACUCAGUACAACUUAAAAUGUCAGUCACUCAUGAGUAUUUUAUAUCCCACCAGCUGCUUGCUCCAGAAAGGCAGGCUCUUAGAGUUUGUAUGGUCUGGCACAUCUUAGUACUUUAAUAUGAGUUACUGUUAGUAUUGGUUUCUAAUUCUGGCAUCCACUUUCUUUUUAUACAAAAAAUAAUAACAUGUUUUAUGGAUAUAUUCAGUGUUCCAGAUAAGCGAUGGGUCUCGGGUCAAUGACCCGACAAAGAAGGCUUCCUGACCCGACAGAUGACAUACAAGUGUUAGUUAAAUAUAACCAAAAAAAAUUAGCGCAUGGUCUUGCAAUGGCAUCCCUCAGAUGGUCUACAUGACCCCCCGCUUGAAAGAAUUAACUGGAACAUUGAUAUUAUGGUGCUUUUGAUAGUAGCCUGCAACUCUCAGCUUGAUCUUCUUAUUAAAAUCCACUUGUUCUUCUGUGAGGGUGUUAACUGUAUCUAAAAUGUCUAAAAAUGUCUAAAAAUGUGUAGUUAUAAGGUCAAACACUUUAUGAUGUUAUCAUGAAACAGGUCCCAUCCUAUCAAGCAGCAACGUACAUGCAUCCCCAACAAAUGUACCCAGGAGGCCAAGCUGGUGUGGUUGUCAUUCAACCUGAUGGUGCUAUGGCACCCAUCCCUCAUGGCUACAUGGUAGCAGGACAGCAAGGUGCCUUCAUGCCACCACAGGUAUUAAAUACGAGAAAAGUAAGAACUUUUUUACAUGUAUAUAGAACAUCUGCUUCUUGUGCAACUUGGGAGUGGUCCCAUAGAAUCCUGAAUUUACAUAAUCCUGCCUUAGUUAAGAUUGACACCUUUUUAUGGGGUCUGUCAUUGUUAAGCACAUCUUUAUAUGAAUGAGGCUUAGCAAAGAAAACUCUAGUUGUUUAAUCUCAAAAGCUUGUGUUUGCUUAAUAUGCUUUUUUCUAUCAUGGGAUCUGAAGCCUAGUUCACUCUUUUAAAAGAUUUUAUGAAACAUCAACUGCCUUUGUGGUGGCUGAAGAGCUUCCACUUGAAUGCUAAAACUAAAGAAUUUCAUCCACAGUCUCAUAAGCUAGUAAUCACCUUGUACUAAUAAAUUUUUUUUUUUUGGUUUUGAGCAGCAAGACAGUAGUCUGAUAUUCAAUUUAUGUCACAGAUUUCUAACUGUGGAAAUGGGCGAACACCUACUAUAUGUAAAAAAUAACUCAUUGUGGCUAUAAAUGACAUCUAAUAUUAUUUUUCAUGACUUUGUCACUGCAGCCAGGUGUACCAGGGCAACAGCCAGCAGGUUACUGGGUCAUGCCAUCAGGACCCAACCCAGCUCCUCCGGUCACAUCCACAUCUCGUGCUGGUGCUACCGGAGCUACUGCGACUGCACAACUUCAGUAUCAGGUAAUCAGUCUGUAGUAGUCAUGUUAAGGUGGUUGGUUACCUUCUGCACUCCGUUUGACCAGGCACUUUCCCCACACCCAUCUAUUGGUGUUGGGUUUACAGGUUACAUAGAGGCAGAUCAAGUUAUAUUCUCAUAACAAAAAUUAAAAAAUAAAACAUACAUCUUUACCACUCUUACUGUAUGCAAGCCAGCUCCAGUUAUCCACUAGAUAUUAAACGGUGAGAGGAAAAAUGGAUUGUAUGAAAACGACACUCAUGUGUUAAGGUGAGAAGGGAAGGCUGUUUCUCCCAUUGCUCCUCAUCUCACGUACGUGCAACAUUUUCCAUGUACAUGUGGUUGAUUACAUUCAAGAUCGCGGGAUUGGACUAAAUUUCUAGUUCGAGCCCCAAUUAUUUUAAAUCUUUAACCUUCAUUUGUCAAAACUGCUAAUAGCAAGGUAAUGAGGAGGGAUGCUUAAACUUCAAAAUAUUAUGAGUUACAUCUAUGAUUUUGUGGUCUAAAACAAUUUAUUGCCAUUUUUGACAGCAACAAUUGAAGGAGCAUGAAAGACCUCCGCCAUAUUCAUACAGUGCACAGACAGGAAAUGCUCCACCAUCUGCGUCUGCAAGCGGCGUCACUGAAGAUGUGCCUGGAGUAAUGACAAUUUAAACAAAACUACUGCUGUUAAAGUAGCCUACAUUGUAUUUGUUCCACCAAAUGUGACUUAAUCAUUAGUUUGCCAUUUGAAGGGGGCUUGGUCUAGGUAGUUUGUGUUUACAGUAGCUAUUGGACUGUCAUUGUAAUGAUAAAACUGUGUGGCACCAAUGAUAGAUACAUGUAGCUGCUUGAAGUUGUCUAUGCCAAUACUGUUAAAAUUAUUCACUGUUUCCUGACUAAUGUAACUCAGUGGAGAGAUAAGCCAUUGAAUUCAAAUGUAGCAUGUGCUAGAACAUACAAGAUAUACAGGUAGUGUGGUUGGAAAGACUGGUGUCAAAUAAUAGAUGGACCUCUACAAGGCACCGUACGUGAUGUCUUGGAAUCCACCCAAACCAUAAUAUACUGCAGAAACCAGUAGAGGCCAUAAUACUGGAAAUUUAGAAGUUCAAAUAAUAAAUUGCAAAAAUAAUGACAGGGUCAUGUCAGUUUAAGAAAAGUAAAGCUUGGUGUAGGACUCUUUAAGUGCAGACAUAAUCUCCUUUGCCUAUGUUAACCACUCAUCAUUUCAGCAAAAUAAGUAAAGUUUCCUUUUUGGCUACAAAACGUUCUUGUUUUUAUACAAUUUGAUGUAGGAAAGUUAAAACCUUUUUUGAGAAAGCUACUGGUCUGUCCAGACUAUGAUAGCACAUGGGUAUUGUGUAACACCUUUAACCCUCUAAGUCCCAAAUAUAUCCAAAUACAAAUUCUCCAAACUGGUCUCCAUACAUUUCCUUAAAGAAUGAGUUAAGAGAAUUUGAUAAAAGAUCAAGGUAUUUUCUCUUUGCUGAUCAUAUUAUUACUUCUCAUAACCUAAUCUCUUAACAAUGUAUGGACAUUGUUAGGAGAAAAUUGAUGUUGGUCACCAUUGGGACUUAAAGGGUUAAGUGUUCAGUAGUUUUUUUCCUCAAAGAAAGACAAAGUAAAAAUGAUAUGUUUCUAAAAAUGGGGGGAAACUUGAUGUUGUUGGACUUGAACGUUUGUUUCAGAAAUAAAGUAUUUUUCCGCUUUGUUUAACGUUGUGGUUCAAAUUUAUUUUUGGUCUACAUUUUACUGGUACAUGUAUUUUUCUGUGUUAGUAAACCAGGAAUAAAAUUGAACCACAACAUAUGAAACAUGACAAAAACAAACGUUAAAAAUUUGCACUGUUUUAUUGUGAGGCAAAAAAACUUGAUAAAAAAAAUACCUACAUUAAUUUUCACAAGUACUGAAUACUAAAACUACAACUAGUUUCUACUCGUAUGUCAAUGGUUAAAAAACAGCAGUAUGUCUCACAUUGGCCUUAAGCUUAGCAAAAGGCCUUGAAAGAUUGUGUUCCAGUGGAGAGAUGCAAAUAUUAUUACAAUGCAGUGGACUAAUAAUAAGUUCCUGUCUAAAUUUUUUUUACUCAGAAAGGCUGAUAUUCCUAAUUUGUCUGGUGGAAAGAACUGUCCAACAUUUGAAAAACAGGGGCAUGUACGAUUGUUUAGGUCCAAGGAAUUUUAAAUAGUAAAAUACAAUCCAGUUGCACUCUUUGUAGGACAAACCAGAUUUACCAUCUAUGACAUGUGAAUCUGGUCCAAGCUAAUUCUAAGCUGAGAUUUUUGCUAAGUGUUGUCAUUAUGCUUUUCUUAGAAAACAAAACUCAGGGUAAAUUUUAGUUAAAGGGUGUCUCCAUGAAUCCAGCCUCCAGCCCCAGGCCCCAUGGAAUUAGAAUGCAUAAAUUACGUUGUAAAAAUUGUUUGUAACAUAACCACCAAG